AUGGCAAACCUGAAGAGGCCUAAAAUGAAGACACUAGCCUGUGAAACAAUCAGAUUUUCUGUUGAUAUUAACAACUCUUCAUCUCGUGACGUCAAACUAAAGUACAGCCUCAAGCAGCAACAGACGUUCAUAGCUGGCAUAAGAACUAAAAGAGGAUUAAAAUACAUAAUCCAAGAGACUAGAGAUCGCAUCCCAUCUGGAGAAAAGUCAAAAUUCAUAGUUAACAUGAAGCUUCCACGUGACCUGACUGUUACCAGUAACUUCAGAAUCAUAAAAGUGCAGUACCAACUCAAGAUCUCUCUGGAUGUGUCUUUUGCAUCAGAUCCAGCAGUCACAUUUCCUGUGGUAAUUCUUCCAGCUGAUCAACAGUGUCCUCCCUGGCAAGGUCCACCUGGAGGAUUCCAGCCAUAUCCACCACCUCAGCCUAGUCCUGUGCCUUAUCCUGGUGAACUACCUCCUCCACCUUCAGGGCUUUACCCCAGUCUGUACGACCCUACAGUGCUGCCCCAUCCAGGAGCUGCUGCAGGGGUCUAUCCAAAUCCAAAUCCAAAUCCACACGCCAUCCAGUCCGGUUUCCAUCCGGCUCCUUCUGCACCAGUUUAUGAUCCAAAUCAAAGCACUAAAGAAUCCUCUCCUAAUGUGCCUUAUUAGUCUUCUUCACCAGCCAAACAUGUGUUGUGUCAAGAACUUCAUGGUGCCUAUUAUUGUGCCUUAUAAACUCUAAUCAUUCCUACUAAAACUUAUUUUGAUAAUAGUACUGCAGUUUUAUUGAUACUGUGUUCUUUUCAGAAUAUAUUGCAGCUUUUCAGUACUACAUUUGCGCUUUUAACCUCAUCAAUGAUCAAAUAAUUAUUGACUGUAACCGCUGUAUGUAUGAGUUUCUUUACUAAAGUUAUGAUCAUUACUUUCAAGUAAGACUGUAACAAGACUGU